AUGGCUGCUAUCAACAAGAUCGCCCCUAACUCGCCGUCGAGGCAGAACCCCUCCGAGCUGGAGACCGCGAUCGCCGGUGCUCUCUUCGACUUGGAGAGCAACACACAGGACCUGAAGGCUACCCUCAGGCCCCUGCAGUUCGUCUCUGCUCGUGAGGUCGAGGUUGGUCACGGCAAGAAGGCUGUCAUCGUCUUCGUCCCCGUCCCUCUCCUCCAGAGCUUCCACAAGAUCCAGCAGCGCCUGACCCGUGAGCUCGAGAAGAAGUUCUCCGACCGCCACGUUCUCUUCGUUGCUCAGCGCCGCAUCUUGCCCCGCCCCAAGCGCUCCGCCAACUCGCGCUCCAACCAGAAGCAGAAGCGUCCCCGUUCCCGCACUCUCACUGCCGUGCACGACUCCAUCCUCGGCGACCUGGUCUACCCCGUCGAGAUUGUCGGCAAGCGCAUCCGCACCAAGGAGGAUGGCAGCAAGACCCUGAAGGUCAUCCUGGACGAGAAGGAGCGUGGUGGUGUUGACCACCGCCUGGACGCCUACGGCGAGGUCUACCGUCGUCUAACUGGCCGUGCUGUUACCUUCGAGUUCCCCCAGAGCGGUCCCUCUGACUUUUAG